GCGUCUGCUCGCUAGCUGAAAUAAAGCAAAACGCCCUACUUUUGAGGGGCGGGACUCCUGACAACAGUACUCGGCGCAGGCGCAGAGGCGACCUCAAGGCAGGGCUGGGUGGGCGGGGCGGUGAGGGAGGAGGUUCGCGCCGUACCCUCUGCGCCUGCGCCCUGGUGCGAGGUGGGGCGGCGGGCUUCAGUACAGUAGAGUGCGCGCCGGGUUGGGGGCCAACUGUCUGCCGUCACCCUGAGACGGGCGGUGACGGGAUGGCGGCAGCCUCCGGGGCCUCGGACUUGUCUGGCUCCGGAGCGCCCCCGCCCGGCGUGGGAGCUCAGGCGGCGGCGGCCGCUGAGGAGGAGGAGCGAGAGGUGGUGCGGGUCCGAGUCAAGAAAUGUGAGAGCUUCUUGGCGCCGGAGUUCCGCUCUUUUGCUGUAGAUCCCCAGAUCACCUCACUCGACGUGUUGCAGCACAUCCUCAUCCGAGCCUUUGAUUUGAGUGGGAAGAAGAACUUUGGCAUCAGCUACUUGGGCCGGGACCGGCUAGGACAGGAAGCUUACCUCUCACUCCUAUCUGACUGGGACCUCAGCACAGCCUUUGCUGCUGCCUCCAAACCUUACCUGCAAUUGCGCGUAGAUAUUCGGCCCUCGGAGGACAGCCCAUUGCUGGAAGACUGGGACAUAAUCAGUCCCAAAGAUGUCAUUGGCUCCGACGUGUUGCUGGCUGAGAAACGAUCAUCACUGACAACUGCUGCCCUGCCCUUUACACAGUCCAUCCUCACUCAGGUGGGCCGUACCUUGUCUAAGGUCCAACAAGUACUGAGCUGGUCGUAUGGGGAAGAUGUCAAGCCCUUCAAGCCACCCUUAAGCGAUGCUGAGUUUCACACAUACCUGAACCACGAGGGCCAGCUCUCCCGACCUGAAGAGUUGCGCCUGCGGAUCUAUCAUGGUGGCGUGGAGCCCUCACUGCGAAAGGUGGUGUGGCGGUACCUGUUAAACGUGUAUCCAGAUGGACUGACAGGCCGAGAGCGGAUGGACUACAUGAAACGCAAGAGCCGCGAGUAUGAGCAGCUCAAGAGCGAGUGGGCCCAGCGAGCAAGCCCUGAGGACCUGGAGUUCAUCCGCAGCACGGUCCUCAAGGAUGUGCUGCGCACUGACCGGGCCCACCCCUACUAUGCAGGGCCUGAGGAUGGCCCACAUCUACGGGCGCUGCACGACCUGCUCACCACCUAUGCCGUUACCCACCCACAGGUGUCCUACUGCCAGGGCAUGAGUGACCUUGCCUCACCCAUCCUCGCUGUCAUGGACCACGAGGGCCAUGCCUUCGUCUGCUUUUGUGGCAUCAUGAAGCGUCUGGCCGCCAACUUCCACCCUGAUGGCCGCGCCAUGGCUACCAAGUUUGCACACCUGAAGUUGUUGCUGCGACACGCCGACCCUGACUUUUACCAAUACCUACAAGAGGCAGGCGCUGAUGACCUCUUCUUCUGUUACCGCUGGCUGCUGCUGGAGCUCAAGCGUGAGUUCGCCUUUGACGACGCCCUCCGCAUGCUUGAGGUCACCUGGAGUUCGCUGCCCCCUGAUCCUCCUGAACAUGAGGUAGAGCUGGUUGGACCCCCCAGCCAAGCAGACACUGGUUUUGGUGGCCACAGGGGGUGGCCUGUGCGACAGAGGCACAUGCUGAGGCCUGCCAGUGGAGGAGGUAGUACCUUUGAAGAUGCUGUUGACCACCUGGCCACAGCCAGCCAGGGGCCUGGUGGUGGGGGGCGUCUCCUGAGACAAGCCAGCUUGGAUGGUCUCCAGCAACUCAGGGAUAACAUGGGCUCCAGAAGGGGCCCUCUGGUCCAGCUGCCCCAUCCAGCUGCCCUUAUCAGCUCCAAGUCCCUCUCCGAGCCUUUAUUGAACUCCCCAGAUCCACUGCUCUCCUCCUUUUCCCACCCUGAUUCCCCGUCUUCCUCAUCUCCACCAUCUACCCAGGAGGCCUCUCCCACUGGUGAUAUGGCUGUAGGAUCCCCCAUGAUGCAAGAGGUAGGCUCCCCGAAAGACCCAGGAAAGUCCCUGCCACCCGUACCACCAAUGGGCCUGCCCCCGCCCCAGGAGUUUGGCAGGGGAAACCCAUUCAUGCUGUUCCUCUGCCUGGCCAUCCUGCUGGAACACCGCGACCACAUCAUGCGCAAUGGGCUGGAUUAUAACGAGCUGGCCAUGCACUUUGACCGCCUUGUGCGAAAACACCACCUAGGGCGCGUCCUGCGCCGGGCCAGGGCUCUCUUUGCUGAUUAUCUACAGUCAGAGGUGUGGGACUCGGAGGAGGGGGCUGAGGCCACAGCUACAUCUUGAUCAGGCUUUCUCUGGCCCUCCAUUGGCACCACCAGAUCUCCAUUCUUUGCCAUGAGGGCCAACACAUGAGACCCCACCUCCCUGCCUGCCAGCCCUAGACCUGUUGGAGCAUAGAGCCCUUCCUCCCCAGGUCUAAGUAUGUGGGGCUCUGCUUUGGCACUGCCCCACGGAGGCCAUGGCCUCUUUAUUCUGUUUCUGUUGUUUUGUUUUUAACAACUAUACUUUGCACACAUAAAGGUCACUGUGUGGUC